UUUUUGCUGUUAGUAGCUGAAGGUUAUACUAAUCAAUCAUCUAGUUCUUGAAGAAUGCCUCGAUCUCUACGAGUCUCUCGAAGCGGCCGCCGGCACGAGUGGAGGAUCUCGCUGAUUCGUCUUUGCAUACGAUGCGAGUUACUACUAUGCAUAUGACCGAUACAGAUGCAUGAGCCACUUCGAAGCCGGAGCGAGAACAACCGGCUGUUUACUUGCUUUUCAACUUUGUUCGCUGUCUUUCUUGUUUUUCUUUUUCCUUUUCAUUUGCUAUUACCCUUGCAUUUCUAGCGGCUUGGGAAGUGUACAUUAUACGACGGGAACUUUCGACACGGCCUCUCCAAUAGCGAAAACACGAAUAUUAACAAGGUUAGAUCGAGGAGGAAUAACAUGGAGGAGAGGUUUCAUAGCUGGGUCUUAUGGGUUACGGGAUGGACGGAUGGACGGACGGAUGGAUAUUGGGACUUUUUCGCUUUUCUCGGAGGGGGCUGAUGCAUGUCUCUUGGAUCAGGCCUGUGUUUAGUAGGGCGCAAGGGGGGGAAGUCAGUGGCUCAGUAUAUCAAGUGAUAUGGCUGAAUACUCCAAUGGCUCUAGCUACGCCUGAAUGGGCUGGCAAACUGGCCUAUACACGGACACGCAAACAUUCCAACGAGGCACCUACAAACACGAUGAUGCAACACACACGCGGGCAUAGAAUGGUAAGGAAUGCCAUGUCAUUAUUGGGAGUGCGGCUCCUAGGCGAGCGGAUUUCUGGCGAAUUUGGUACGACAGUGUGGGAACUGGACGGGUAUUUGGUAGACAACAUGGGCAGGACAACGGCGGGAGCGGGCAAAAGCCUGCGAGGACCGAAUUUUUUAAGACAGGCGGCGUUGGAUGAUGGACUUUCGGGCAAAGAUGUGAGACUGGCGAUUGCUUCUCUGUUUUUUCUGUUUCUUUUCCUUUGUCAUUUGUCUUUUUCUUCUUUCCUAAUCUUCAUCACCCCGAGUCGAACAAUAACGAGGGACUUAUGCAAGAUUCCCACUAAAAGUUUUUGUUUUGUCUAUUCACAUAUUAAGUGUAUCAUGUUUAGACAAUUGGUUAGAUUAUAGCCGGUCUGGGCCCUCAAGGGCAGCAUCAGCCGGCCGGAAGUGGCACGCAAGUUGCUAAUGACUAGGUACA